GCGCAAGGCUCGGAGUCCACCGCACUGCCCAUUUAACAGCGGCCAAGAAGAGAGCAUAAAGCCACACGUGAACGCCACGAGCUAGACACACGGCCAACCGGGGUGAUCCAAAAACGUACGCGUGUUUCAUUCAACUCAGCUAGACUUCGCUUCGUUUGUCUUUUUUUUCUUUCCCACUCGACAUCUUAAAUGGAUAUCACUGCCAAGAUGGAAAUCAGCGUCGGACAGCAACAGUUCAUCCCUCCGUCGUGCUUCUUUGCGGCAGCCGCACAGAGCAUCCAGCUAAGCCCGACUGACAGCCAGUGCAGCAGCACGUCAGGCUCCAAGCAAGUGAAGAGGCACCGGUCAUCCUCGCCCGAACUCCUGCGGUGCAAAAGGAGGCUCAACUUCGCCGGCUUUGGCUACAGCCUUCCCCCGCAGCAGCCGCACGCCGUGGCGAGGCGGAAUGAAAGAGAGCGCAACCGGGUGAAACUUGUCAACAACGGCUUCGCCACGCUGCGGGAACACGUCCCCAACGGUGCGGCCAACAAGAAAAUGAGCAAAGUGGAAACUCUGCGCUCGGCUGUGGAGUACAUCCGCGCCCUACAGCACCUGCUGGACGAACAUGAUGCAGUAAGCGCCGCGUUUCAGUCGGGCGUUCUCUCGCCCACCAUGUCCCAGAACUACUCCAACGACAUGAACUCGAUGGCAGGAUCACCAGUGUCAUCAUACUCUUCAGACGAGGGCUCUUACCAUCCGUUAAGUCCCGAGGAACAAGAACUGCUGGACUUCACCAAUUGGUUCUGAGCGUCUCACAGGAUGAUGUUGCUGUUUCAUCCCCUCAACAAACGCUCGAGAAGGGUCCCGUAGAUCCCCACGCUCUCUACGAACACAAAGCACUGCGUUUGCGCUUCGGACCCCUGAGUCCACGUCCUGCAAUGGCCCUUCAACUGGCACUGACAGGUAUCGGGCCUCUAUGCCAAGAGCCAAAGGACUUAAAGAGAAGACGGUUCGUCCUACUGUCGGGCGAAAAGAAGCGUCUACAGUGUUGGAACCCAUCCUUCUAGCGCAUCCUAUGACAAAAAAAAUGCCCUAAUUUAAAAUGACUCUCCACGACAGGGUGGCCCACACAAAA